CUCAAAGCUCUAUCCCGUGAUUCGGCAGAGUCCGAGGCCUGAAGCCGUCAGCCGACACUGGGGAACCCGAAACCGGAGAGCCGCUAUUCCCUGGUUAUUCCCUGGUUAUUCCCUGGCUAUCCCCGAGCAUUGCCGUGGGAAUAAUCAUGUCCGUCCGUAUAAAUACACGAGGCAGGUCCUCAAUUGUGUGACAACUGCUUGAAUUCUUCUUGGAUGUGGAUGUAUACUGGACGGGACAUGUAAAACAGCGUAUACGUCUUUGAAAUCCGCGUUCCGUUCAUUUGUAUACCCGCAAAAGCUCCCCGGCAUCAUGCUUCGCUCCUCUCGGCAUCUCCUCUCCUCCCCCUCGAUCCCCCAUUCUGCCCGCCUCUUUUCCUCAUCCGCGGUCCACCAUGACUAUUCCGACACGAUCGGAAACCUCAAAAUCGGCAAGGACACCCGCGUCAUCUUCCAAGGCUUCACCGGCCGCCAGGCCACCGCCAACGCGAAGCAGUCCAUCGAAUGGGGGACGAACAUCGUCGGCGGCGUGAGGCCCGGCAAGGAAGGCGAGCAUCUGGGCCUGCCCGUGCUCCCGAGCGUGCGGAAGGCGAAGGAGCUGCUGAAUCCGCACGCGACAGGCAUUUAUGUCGCGGCGCAUCAGGCCACCGGGGCCAUUGAGGAAGCCAUCGAGGCGGAGAUUCCGCUGAUCGUGGCGGUGGCGGAACAUAUUCCGCUACAUGAUAUCCUGCGUAUCCACUCCGUUUUGCAGACGCAAUCGAAAUCGCGCCUCGUCGGAGCCAAUUCCCCAGGGAUCAUCUCCGCCCUGGGCCACUGCAGAAUCGGAUUCCAGCCCCUCCCAACCUUCUUACCCGGCCAUGUGGGUAUCAUCGCCAAAUCCGGGACUCUCGGCUACGAGACCGUCGCGUCGCUCACCCGUGAAGGGCUCGGCCAGAGUCUUUGCAUCGGCAUGGGCGGCGACGUCGUCGCCGGAACCAACUUCGUGGACGGCUUGCGUCUCUUCGAGCACGAUGAUGAUACCGAGGCCAUCAUUAUCGUGGGAGAGGUGGGUGGACGGGCCGAGGAAGAUGCGGCGGAAUGGAUCGCGGACUAUAAACGGCGGACGGCCAACCCCAAGCCGAUCGCCGCCCUCGUGGGAGGCAUGUGCGCGAAGCCAGGCUAUGUGAUGGGCCACGCGGGAGCAUGGGCAGCGCCUGGUGAAUCAUCAUCGUGGGAGAAGUUCAGGGCACUGGAGAACGCCGGAGUGGCCAUGGUGGACCAUCCAUCGAAGUUCGGCGGCGUGAUGAAGACGCUCCUUGCCAACAGCGGGCGAAAUGUCGAGAAGAUCAAUCAAUCCGCGAGCGCUGCUCAACGGAGAGGAUACCACACCUCGUCCCGACGCACUCCUGUCCGUCCCACUCUCCCAUCCGCGACUCCGCAUGUCAACGACCGCCGGAGCCUGCACAUCAGCGCCGACCAAGCCGGCCAAAUGCUCUCCUCGCGGGGCUUCCCCGUCUCCGCGGACGAGCCGACCCCUUCCGACUCCCAGCUUCUCGUCCUCACCGUGGACCGCACGGCACGAACCCCCUGCAUCAUCGCAUCGCCGACGACCAACCCGUCUGGCGUCCACAAGCGAGCGGCCAAAUUCCCCUUCGACCACCGCGCCGGCCCCACGUCGACGACGGUGUCCGCGAUCCUGAACCACCUGCAACUCGGCUCUGCACCACCCACAGUCCAGUCGUCCGUCGGCAAGCUGAUCAACUCCCUCUACGACAUCUACACAUCCCACGAGGCCGUCUCGCUAUCCGUGCACGUCUCACUUUCUCCACCGUCCGAGUCCACCCCGUCCCCACCCCUUCAGAUCACCUCCCCCAACUUCUCCUUCGACGACGCCGCCUUCCGCAGCUGCAAGCGUCACGCCGACCUGCACACCACCUCGCGCGUCACCACGGGGACCCACCCCACCGAACUGGCCGCUGAGCCGCACGGCAUCGUCUACGUCCACCUGACGAACCCCGACGCCCGCAUCGGCACCCUGGUGAACGGCGCGGGCCUCGCGAUGAACACCGUCGACGCCCUCGCCGCGCGCGGCGGCCAGGCGACCAACUUCCUCGACACCGGCGGCAAGGCCACGUCCGACACCGUGAAGACGUCGUUCGAGCUGAUCCUCCGCGAUGAGCGCGUCAAGGUUGUGUUUGUGAAUAUCUUCGGGGGCUUGACGCUGGGCGAUAUGAUUGCUGAGGGUGUCAUUAAGGCGUUCCGGGAGUUGGGUUUGGAUAAAGAGGGGGCGGUGCCGGUCGUGGUGAGAAUCCGGGGCACAAAUGAAGAGGCGGGGCAGACCAUGAUCAAGGAGAGUGGGCUGCCGUUGUAUGCAUUUAUUGAUUUCGAGGAGGCCGCCGCGAAGGCAAUCGAGUUGGCCGGACGAUGAACACCGUCGAAAGUUGGAUUGCACUGUACAUAUUGGUAGAUCAUUUAGACUUGAUGCGCAUCAAAAGACCUUUGAAGAUGAAUGUUUCCUCGUACAGUUGGGCAUUAAGCGGAGCGUGAUACAAAUGCAGAUAUCACAAAGACGCGGGCAUGAUGAGCACCAUGUGGCUUAAGACUUGCUUCCAUUUCAUGACUCCUAUCUAGAUGAAAGAAUCUACCCUCUGUAGAGUCCUCCUAUCUGAUGCU